AUGUUCUCUUCACUAUCCCACAAACGUCGACAUGAAGAUGACGAAGAUGCCGUGUCUAUGCAUCAUGAAAAGAGACUGCGUCACUCAGUCGGGCAAGACUACCAUGUUUUCGGCCCAACUUCCACUAUAGAGUCUCAGUCCAUGCCCGGUGCUGCUGACGACUCGAUGCUUUCCACCACAAUUGGAAACGAAUCUUCCGCCGAUAUGGACAUGGAUAUGAGGGAUGACUUCCAGAUGGAAUGUUCGCAAUCCCCUGAGCUGCCGGCCCCCUGGAUUCUCGAAAAUACUCCACUCCGGAACCCUCGGAUGGCACUUGAUGAGAGAGGCUCACGAGUACCAACACCUAUCGCUUUGCUGACAACACGCCCAAAGCCUACUCCUCUACAAGGUGAUACUUCUGCCAGCAACGCCUAUGUUGCUUCCACGAUGCGCGCUCGUCUGCCCGGCUCAAGAGAACGCUUUCCGUCGCCCAUCUCUGAGGACGAGCCUCAUACUCCGACUACAGCGACUGGAAGUCAAUUCUCUCUGUUGACUGUUAGCGAUAUCGAUAUGGAUGCUGAAUCGACCCCUCGAGCUGCUCCACAGACGCCAGAAGUACGCGUCCGCAAGCAACGACAACGCAGUGGCGCCUUCACAUCUCCUCGCGAUCAAGACACGUCGAAGAAGUUUUCCAUGGGAUAUCGGGACGAUUGUGAGAAAUGCAGAAACCGUGUGCCUGGACAUAUGAACCAUUUCCUAAGGUAG